GCUUCGUUGACACACGUUGACGGCUGUUGUCAAACGAAAAAAAGAAAAAAAUAGCAACUACUGCAUCUUCCUAAAAAGAAAAAGUUUAUGAAAAACGUAAUAAUUUUAUAAUUAUAUGGUGAAAAAAUAAGAAAAACUUGUGCGGUAAACCUUACUUAUCGAGUAUACUAACUAUUAAUGUGAAAAACAUUAAAAAAAUUGGAAAAUUUUAAAGGAUUUGUGUAAAAAUAAAUUUGUAAAAAAUGGCGGAUCCAUUAAGUUUGUUGCGGCAAUAUAAUAUAAACAAACGAGAAAUUAUAGAACGGGAUGGACAAAUCAUAUUUGGAGAAUUUUCCUGGCCAAAAAAUGUUAAAACCAAUUACCUAAAAUACGGCUCCGGCAAAAAGGGUACGCCUCGAGAAUAUUAUACCUUGGAGUGUUUGUUAUAUCUGCUGAAAAAUGUUAUGCUACAGCAUGCAGUGUAUGUUAGGCAGUGUGCUGCCGAGGAUAUACCGGCGGUCAAUCGUCCCGAUCGUAAAGAACUAUUGGCGUAUCUUAAUGGCGAGACCACCACCGGUGCCAGCAUUGACAAAAGUGCUCCUUUGGAAAUACCCACACAAGUUAAAAGACCAGCUGAUGGCGAUACGGCCGGUGGCGAAUCGGCUGCUAAAAAGGCCCGUUUUGAGGAAACCCAAGUACAAAAGGUCCGAGAACAGUUGGCGGCCCGUUGGGAUGUCAAUAAGAAAGAGGCUACUGUCAAUAUGGACAACAUCAAAUCUUUGUCCGAAACCAUGUCUGUGGAAAAAAUUGCUGCCAUUAAAGCUAAACGUUUGGCAAAUAAGAGAACAACUAUUAAACGCACCGACAAUGAAGAUGCCAUGGCCACAGAUUUAAGAGCCAUUUUGGAUUUCGAUGUUGACUCCACCAAGGAUAUAAUAAGCCGUGAACGUCAAUGGCGUACUAGAACUACUAUUUUGCAAAGUACUGGUAAAAUAUUUGCCAAAAAUAUAUUUGCCAUUUUGCAAGGCAUAAAGGCGAGAGAAGAGGGCCGCAAUAGGCCCAUGCAACAAAAUCCUAUUAAAAUGCCCGAGCCGGCUAGAAUUAAUAAACCUCAGCCUCAGCUAACGCAAUACAAUCGUUACGAUCAGGAAAGAUUUAAUAGGCAAAAAGAAGAAACUGAGGGCUUUAAAAUCGAUACUAUGGGUACUUAUCAUGGCAUGUCCUUGAAAUCAGUGACAGAAGGAUCUCAAGCUCAACGCAAGGCUCAAAUGGCACCACAAAUACCAGGUCGUCCUAAGGAAUUAUUACCCGCUGCCCAGGCUCGUCAAGUGGCUCCCACACCUCAGAAACGUACCUCUCGCACACCGAUUAUUAUCAUACCCUCUGCCAACACUAGCCUUAUAACCAUGUAUAAUGUUAAGGAUCUAUUGCAGGAUUUAAAAUAUGUCAGUACGGAGGAAAAGAAACGCGCUGGUUGUGCCAGAGACAAUGAAGUACUCUUGCAGCGCAAGAAACAAAACAUGACAGUCCCUUAUCGUGUUAUAGAUAAUCCACAAAAACUAAACGCUCAGGAUUGGCAACGUGUGGUGGCGGUAUUUGUUAUGGGACCUGCUUGGCAGUUUAAAGGAUGGCCUUGGGAUGGCAAUCCAGUUGAAAUCUUCUCAAAAAUCUCUGCUUUUCAUUUGCGCUUUUCGGAACUAAAACUUGACACUAAUGUAUCCAAAUGGUCGGUGACUCUGUUAAAUCUUUCACAAAAUAAGCGGCAUUUAGAUCGUGCAGUAUUAAUGACAUUUUGGGAAACGCUGGACAAAUAUAUGGCAAAAUAUAAACCUGAUUUAAGAUAUUGAACAUGGCCUAGCUUUCUUGUUGUUUUUUAUAAUAUAAUAAAGAAGUACACCUGGAAAGACCAUUUUUAUAUAUAUUUAUAAAUAGUCAUAUUUGUUCUGUAAUUCUUUAGAUUAGUUGUUUGAUAAAAAAAAAAUAAUGAUAAUAAUACCGUUUUAGUUUAGUUUUUUUGCAAAAAAGAAUAUCAACAUUUUUUCUUAUUCACCAUAAUAACUUAAAAAAAAAAAAACAUAAUUUUGUUUUAAUGAAUUAAACUUCUUUUUUUGUAAAAAUAAAAUAAGCCGCAUAAAAAAAGCAAAAUAAAA